GAGGAGAAAAAUGAGAGGCCCCAAAUCGCUAGCCUUUCAUGCUCUCUGUUCGUCUGCUUAAGGGGAGGACUGAGGAGGCCUUAGCCUACCUUAUCCUAUCCACCACACACUCACACACACAGAUCUCUCUCUCUCUCUCUCUCUCUCUGUGUCUCUCUCUCAGCUUAUAAACUUCUCACUCUCUGUCCCCAGCAACUCCUUCACCUUCCUCUUUAAUAUGCUCAACAGCACCACUAGUACUAUUCUCUUUUCGAUUCAGUUCCCACCCUUUUUCAGCUCUGUCCCUUUCGAAAUCUCUGCUCAUUGAUUCCAUUACCAAAUUUUGAUAUUGUUAGUGACAUUGUUUGCUAUAUAGUAUUGUAUUUUUCUACAGGAAAAUCAAGUUUUUGUUGAGAUUGAGCUUUCCACUCAAGCCUGCUAUUAUUAGUUUAAUAAAAGAAAGUUCUGACUUUUGGAAGGAGAAUUGAUUAUUAAGAAGCCGCGCGCUGCACCGUGCACGCUGAGGAAAUUGUUUAUUCUGCAAAGUUCAGUCUUAACCCAAUUGAAGCAAACAAGUUUUAAUACUAACCCAACAGUUUUCAUGUGCAAUGGCUCCCAAAACAGGCAAGGCGAAACCCCAUAAAGCCAAGGGAGAGAAGAAGAAGAAGGAAGAGAAAGUUUUGCCCAAUAUAAUUGAGAUUACAAUUGAAACACCAGAAGACUCACAAGUGACCCUCAAGGGAAUCUCCACUGACAGGAUUCUAGAUGUGAGGAAGCUGUUAGGAGUCCAUGUCGAGACGUGUCAUUUGACCAACUUCUCCUUAUCCCAUGAGGUGAAAGGACCCCGGCUGAAGGAUUCGGUGGACAUCCUCUCCCUCAAACCCUGCCACCUCUCCAUUGUCGAAGAGGACUAUACAGAAGACCUUGCAAUCGCUCACAUCAGGCGACUCCUCGAUAUUGUGGCCUGCACCAACUCGUUUGGUCCCGCGUCCUCUUCGCCCAAGACUUCGGGCCGAGCGGCCCAGUCCAAAGAGCCCGGUCCAGCGGAGGCCGAGCCUUCUCAGAGCCUGAGCUCAGACCAUGGUGAAGAUCCGACCCACAAGAAACCGGGCGGGGCCCAGCGAGUUGGCGGCCCCGUGCCCAACAAGAGCGGCCCCGAUGGGACCGAGCGAGCCGACGUGGCGGCCGUGUCGAUGUACCCGCCGCCGAGGCUCGGCCAGUUCUACGAAUUCUUCUCUUUCUCGCAUCUCACGCCGCCGGUGCAUUACAUUCGAAGAUCUACUCGUCCCUUCCUUGAAGAUAAAGCAGAAGAUGAUUUCUUUCAAAUUGAUGUUCGAGUUUGCAGUGGGAAGCCAACGACAAUUGUUGCUUCCAGAAAGGGGUUCUACCCUACUGGGAAACACAUUCUUCUCAGUCACUCUUUGGUUGGUUUGCUGCAGCAGAUAAGCAGGGCUUUUGAUGCCGCGUACAAAGGCCUUAUGAAAGCUUUCACAGAGCAUAAUAAAUUUGGCAAUCUUCCUUACGGUUUUCGGGCAAAUACAUGGGUUGUCCCCCCAGUUGUUGCCGAUAACCCAUCUGUUUUCCCGCCACUUCCCAUGGAAGACGAAAACUGGGGAGGAAAUGGCGGUGGGCUUGGAAGAGAUGGAAAACAUGAUUACAGACAGUGGGCAAAGGAGUUUGCCAUUCUGGCAGCGAUGCCUUGUAAAACGGCAGAAGAAAGGCAAAUUCGAGAUCGGAAAGCCUUUCUGCUUCACAGUUUAUUUGUCGACGUGUCAGUCUUUAAAGCUGUUGCAGCAAUCAAGCAUCUUAUUGACAGUAAUCAAUGCUCUUUAAAUAAUCCCACCAUUUCAACCUUGCAUGAGGAAAGGGUUGGAGAUUUAAUUAUUAAGGUGACAAGAGAUGUACCUGAUGCAAGCACGAAGUUGGAUUACAAACAUGAUGGGAGUCAAGUUCUUGGAAUGUCACAGGAAGAGCUUACUCGGAGAAAUAUACUUAAAGGCAUAACUGCUGAUGAGAGUGCUACUGUUCAUGAUACUUUUACUUUAAGUGUUGUGGUCGUUAGACAUUGUGGCUAUACAGCUGUUGUGAAAGUUUCAGCUGAGGUGAAUUGGGAGGGUGUUCCUAUUCCCCAGGACAUUGACAUUGAGGACCAGCCUGAAGGAGGUGCCAAUGCCUUGAAUGUCAACAGCUUGAGAAUGCUAUUACACAAGCCAUCCACGCCUCAAUCAUCUAGUACAAGUCAACGAGUACAGAGUGCAGAUACUGAAAGUUUACGUGCUGCUAGGUCUUUGGUUAGGAAAGUAUUAGAAGAAAGUUUGCUGAAGUUUCAGGAAGAGCCCACUAAACAGACUAGGUCUAUCAGAUGGGAGCUCGGAGCAUGUUGGGUGCAACAUUUGCAAAACCAAGCUUCAGGGAAAACUGAGUCUAAGAAAGCUGAAGAAGCUAAGCCUGAGCCAGCUGUAAAGGGCCUUGGGAAGCAAGGAGGACUGCUUAAGGAGAUAAAGAAGAAAACAGACGUCAAAAGCAGCAAAGCUGAACUGGGGAAGGAAGUUUCUAUGAAUAACAACCUUGACAUAAACAAUAAUCAGCAGGAAUUGGAGAAACAAGAUAAGGAGAAGGAAAUGAUGUGGAAAAAGCUACUUCCUGAACCAGCAUAUUUACGCCUUAAAGAAUCAGAGACCGGUCUUCAUCAUAAGCUGCCUGAGGAGUUGACUGAAAUGGCUCAUAAAUACUAUACUGAUACUGCACUUCCAAAGCUGGUGGCAGAUUUUGGGUCCCUUGAACUUUCACCAGUUGAUGGAAGAACGUUGACAGAUUUUAUGCAUACCAGGGGUUUGCAAAUGUGUUCCUUAGGGCGUGUGGUUGAACUUGCAGAUAAGCUUCCUCAUGUUCAAUCACUCUGUAUACAUGAGAUGGUUGUUCGAGCCUACAAGCACAUAUUGCAAGCUGUUGUUGCAGCAGUUGAUAAUGUCGCUGACUUGGCUGUGUCAAUAGCAUCGUGUUUAAAUUUAUUAUUAGGAACACCAUCACUUGAAAACGCUGAUGUGGAUAUUACUAACGAUGACAAGUUAAAAUGGAAGUGGGUGGAAGCAUUCCUUUUGAAGAGGUUUGGUUGGCAUUGGAAAUGUGAAAGCUGUGAGGAUCUGAGAAAGUUUGCCAUUAUCCGUGGGCUGUGCCACAAGGUUGGACUUGAGCUUGUUCCUAGGGACUAUGAUAUGGACAGUGCAUUACCUUUUAGGAAGUCAGAUAUCAUUAGCAUGGUCCCCGUUUACAAGCAUGUUGCAUGUUCCUCUGCUGACGGGCGUACAUUGUUGGAGUCUUCCAAAACUUCCUUGGACAAAGGCAAAUUGGAGGAUGCUGUUAAUUAUGGCACGAAGGCACUCUCAAAACUUGUGUCUGUCUGUGGUCCUUAUCAUCGAAUGACAGCUGGAGCAUAUAGUCUUCUGGCUGUAGUUCUCUACCAUACAGGGGAUUUUAAUCAGGCAACCAUUUAUCAGCAAAAAGCAUUGGAUAUUAAUGAGAGAGAGCUUGGACUCGAUCACCCUGAUACAAUGAAAAGUUAUGGAGAUCUAGCUGUUUUUUACUAUCGACUUCAGCACACAGAGUUGGCCUUGAAGUACGUCAAUCGUGCUCUUUAUCUCUUGCACUUAACAUGUGGGCCUUCUCAUCCGAAUACUGCUGCCACUUACAUCAAUGUAGCAAUGAUGGAAGAAGGUUUGGGGAACGUCCAUGUUGCUCUUAGGUAUCUCCAUGAGGCAUUGAAAUGUAACCAAAAACUACUUGGGGCUGAUCAUAUACAGACUGCUGCCAGUUAUCAUGCAAUAGCAAUUGCUCUCUCUUUGAUGGAGGCAUACUCCUUAAGUGUUCAGCAUGAACAGACUACCCUACAGAUACUGCAGGCCAAACUAGGGUCUGAGGAUCUACGAACACAGGAUGCUGCUGCAUGGCUUGAGUACUUUGAGUCCAAGGCUCUGGAGCAACAAGAAGCAGCACGCCAUGGUACCCCAAAACCAGAUGCCUCAAUCUCCAGCAAAGGUCAUUUAAGUGUAUCGGACCUUUUGGAUUAUAUAACACCAGAUGCAGAUAUGAAAGCGAGAGAGGCCCAAAAGAAAGCUCGUGCCAAGAUUAAAGGCAAACCAGGCCAAAACUGGGAAACAGUCUCAGAUGAAUAUCAGAAGGAUGAAAUUUUAUCGCCAAGUUAUCCCAUUGCAGAAAAUUCAAGUGACAAAGAAAACACAGCCGAAGCUCAGUUUGAAGAACCUAGAGACGACAAACCUGAUUCAAGCCUUUCUGAUCAAUCAGUACUGAUAACAAAUGAUGAUGUGGCGCAAGAUGACACCUCUGAUGAAGGAUGGCAAGAAGCCGUUCCUAAAGGUCGCUCACUUACAGCUCGCAAGUCUUCUAGUUCAAGGAGGCCAAGCCUAGCAAAACUAAAUACGAACUUCAUGAAUGUACCCCCAUCAUCAAGAUACCGUGGAAAGUCUGCUAAUUUCGCAUCCCCAAGAACAACCCAAAAUGAGCCUGUUUCUUCAACUGGACCUGCUCCACCUGUUACAAAGAAGUUGGCCAAGAGUGCAAGCUUCAGUCCUAAGUUGAAUAACUCUAGCAACUCAACUAGUGGGGCAGAGAAAUUAGCCAACCCAAAGUCGGCCCCUGCUACCCCAGCUUCCACUGAUCAAGUUGCUAAGUCUGCUCCUGCGGCAAGUCCGAUCAGUGUUCAGGCGGCUGGAAAACUUUUCUCCUACAAAGAAGUUGCUUUGGCUCCACCUGGAACAAUUGUGAAGGCAGUGGCAGAACAGUUGCCAAAAGGAAAUCUUCCCAAAGAACAAAAUCUUCAGGCUAGCCAGGAGGCAGCUGUGACAGAUCCCACUCUUAGCGAGGUGACGACAGUAAAGGACGCAAAGGAAGAAAAAGUUGAUAACCCCAAAAGAGGGAAACAUCUACAGGUUUCUAAGGAGGAAACAAAAGGCAAGGUCAAUGAAGAAGAAAAACGAGAAAAGAAAGUUGACUUUGUGGCAUCAAAAUCCCUUGAGGUUGUAAAGAGUGCUGCUCAAGAUAUCAUAGUGGAAGGUGAAAAAGUAGAAUUAAAGAGUGAUGCUGUUAAAGACACUGAAGCAGAAACUAGAAAUGUUGCAGUUCUCGGAGUUGAGAAUCCUGAUAUCUCUCGGGAUUUGAAGGCCAGUACUUUCAAAAGUGAAGUGUUGGGAACAGUGGGGCCAGAUGGUUGCUCAGAAACUUCUCCUGAUUCUGGAUCUGCUUUAAUUGAAAACACAAAUCUUUUGCCUGAUAAAGAUGCCCCCAUUUCUGAAGAAAAGGUCGCAGAUGGAGAUGAAAAUAAUGUUGACUUAGGUGUUAAGCCAAAGCCAACUGAAGGAGAAAAGCAAGAUGAAGCAGAAACCGGAAAGGAGACAACCAAGAAACUUUCUGCUGCUGCACCUCCAUUUAAUCCAUCCACAAUUCCAGUCUUCGGCUCGGUUCCAGGAUUCAAAGAUCAUGGAGGAAUUCUGCCCCCACCAGUUAAUAUUCCUCCUAUGCUUACAGUCAAUCCUGUCCGUAGAUCACCUCAUCAAUCAGCAACAGCGAGGGUUCCAUAUGGUCCCCGACUAUCCGGUGGCUAUAACAGAUCAGGAACUCGAGUUCCACGCAAUAAAGCUGGGUUCCACAAUGGCGAACACAAUGGAGAUGGGAAUCACUUCAGCCCUCCUCCUUUAAUAAUGAACCCACAUGCAGCUGAGUUUGUACCUGGCCAACCUUGGGUUCCCAAUGGCUAUCCACUAUCUCCAAAUGGUUAUUUGGCUUCUCCAAAUGGUUUUCCCAUGUCCCCAAAUGGUAUUCCAGUGUCACCAAAUGGAUAUCCAGCAUCAGUAAAUGGUAUUCCAGUGAGUCAAAAUGGAUUUCCAGUAUCUCCAAUCAGUUCGGUAGAAUCACCACCAGUUGUAAAUGUUGACAAUGGUGUUGAAAACAAAGAUGAAGCUGCAGCAGAAGCAGAAGCGGAAGCGGAAGCAAGUACUGAGAAGUCAUGUACAGAGGUUGAACAUGAAAAACCACCAAUUGAGCAGAAAUCGCAAGAAGAUCAAGCUGUAGACAAUGAAAACAAUCAUCCUGAAGUUGAAGAAAAGACUACAGAUAUAGUCCCAGUCACUGCUGCUGGUGACAAUGUUGUGGCAAAAGAAACUUGCAAUAUUGCAGUGGUUGAGGAAAAACCAACCAAAUGUUGGGGAGAUUACAGUGACAGCGAAUCUGAGAUUGUUGAAGUUACAAGUUGAGGGCGGAUCAUGAAUUUCCUUUUAGAUGCAACAGCCAUGUUCACAGCCCAGGGUUGUAUUGCAUGAGACAACAGAAGUGAUAAGAUACAGUUAAUCAUGACAGAGAAAUUUUUUUUCUGUCAACUCUGCAGCAUAAUGGACUGCAAGCCAGGCAUUGUGAAUACACUCAGUACAGUUCAGGUUUGCCGUAGCAACUAGCAAGGAGGAGAAUCAUUAAUGUAAAGUGAGUUAAUAAGCUGCAGAUGUGCGAAGGAAACACACGACGGCGGAAGGAUCUCUCGAGUAGUUUGUCGGUGACUUAAGUCUCCUUUAUAUUUUUGUUCAUUUUUAUAUAUUUUUUUUUCCUGCUAUAAAUUUUGUUAUUGCCAUAUUAAAACAGAUAGAACAGUGGACGGUUUAUGCUUUCAAGGUCAUUCUCUUAGAACUGAUGACUGCAUGGAAAAUCUGCAAUAAUAAACUUCAAUGUUCUUGCAUGUA